CGGAGGUGGUUUCGCACCAAAAAAUAAAGCUCAAGUAAUUGUCCUCCAAAGUAGUAACGAAAUAGACAAAUAUAAUUCUCAAGAGAAAGAGCAAACGAUAUUAUUUUUUGAUGAAUUACAAUGUUUCGACGAAGGAAUUGGCGAAAAAAUCGAUUUCUUGUUAAAAAAAGGUUUCUUAGUUAUUGGUGCAGGGUUAGAUAAAAACUUUCGUGGGGAACCUUUUAAUGAAGUUAUGAAAUCUUUACUUUCCUUGGCUGUUGAAGUUAUUAAAUUAAAAGCCAUUUGUCAAGUCAAGAUGGUUAUGAAGCUAGGUGCCGCCAGUGUUAUGCUUGCCCAAAAAGUUAAAAAAAUUACAUUACUUGAAAGUGGCGACCAAUCUGGUUUAAUUUAG